GAAGCGAACACAACUUCACAUUUGUAUUGAGACCUACCCAUGCACCUAUGUCCUUGCACAGCCUACACAUUGUGUAUGUGUGUGAGGGGGUUACCAGUAAACACAGCAGUGCCGCUACAGACCAACUCCAAAUAGCUCCAGCCUGAGUGAGAGGCGCUAUUUUGGACCUGCAUUUAAGGGCUCAUAGCCUGGAUUUGGAUUAUUUUUCCCUCGUUGUGAAGCCCAGUUCUAACGGAUACCUGUUACUUGGGGUUGUUUUUGGGUUGAUUACUGAGAACCAUCCCGUCUGUGGAGGGAACAGCAUGAGUCCAGCUGCAGCUACGUACAGGAGGCAGGGCCUGCGAGGAUAAGCACCGUGCCCUGCUUUGCUCCGUACGCAAGAGGAGAAGCCUGGUUAUCAGCUUCAUGAAGGGAGAGCAGAACUCUGGAUUAAUGUGUGUACGGGCUUGACGAGAAAGCGGGGGAUUGUGGGCUACCUGGACUCCUGGAGUACACAGGUGAAAACGUGCGGAUUGAGGCUGUGGCGCGGGGGGAUUGGCAUGGCUCAGACCGGCUUUGUGUCAUCUCAUCAUGCCUGUCGGCCCCGAUUGUAGAAAGGAGCACUCGCUAAAUCUCAACCGCACCGACGCCCGGAUCACUGUACAAUACACAAGAAAUCUAAUUUUCUGUUAUGGCUGUUGAGCUUGACAAUUUCAACAGCCAUUAGGAUUUUUUAACAUCACCUGCGAGUGCAUGCUGUGUUUGUGCGCGGGGAUGCUUUUUCGUAAGGCUUAUCUACCAUGGUAAAGGCAAUGAAAGCAUGAGCCUUUAACAACGCAGAGGAGGUCGUCAUCCAAACAAGGAUCAGCUCAGCAAACACUGACUAGGUCAGGAUAUCGCUCGAAGCCCCUCGGACAAACUUUUCCUUUCAGGAAGGAUAAGGGCAAACUCAGGAGGAAAUCUUGAUUGGAUUUUUGGUGGCUGGAAGGGAUUAACGCAUCGUAUAAAUCAGGGGCUCUUGAGUGAUUAGACUGUCAGGCAGCACAGCUUCAAGAUGGUGCGUCAAUGCAAGGCAUUUAUCCUCUUCCUCAUCAGAGUCGGGUUGCUGCUGGGCCUUGCUAACCCCCUGGUGACCUCCGCCUCAUGUCCCUCAGCCUGCCGCUGCGACGAGACCUUUAUCUACUGUAACGACCGUGGCCUGACUUCCAUUCCUAAAGGUAUUCCCCGUGAUGCAACAGUGCUCUUUCUGCAAAACAACCGCAUUAAGAGCUCAGGCAUUCCUGCAGAGCUCCGCAGCCUCACGAACGUGGAGAAGAUCUACCUUUACUGUAACAACCUGGAUGAGUUUCCCACUAACCUUCCUCUCGGGCUGAGGGAGCUGCACCUACAGGAGAACAACGUUCGUAUGAUCACCCACGCGUCUCUAGCCCAGAUUCCCUACAUCGAAGAACUGCAUCUGGACGAUAACUCUGUAUCAGCAGUCAGCAUAGAGGAGGGGGCCUUUAGAGACAGUAAUCACCUCAGACUGCUUUUUCUGUCCAGAAACCACCUAAGUACUAUUCCUUCAGGCCUUCCUGCGAGCAUCGAGGAGCUGCGCUUUGACGACAAUCGCAUCUCCUCCAUCUCAGAGCAGUCGCUGCAAGAUCUCAUCAACCUGAAGCGGCUAAUCCUGGACGGUAACCUGCUUAACAACCGGGGAAUUGGGGAGAUGGCGUUCGUCAACCUGAUCAACCUGACUGAGCUCUCGCUAGUGAGGAACUCCCUGACAUCGCCACCGGCCAACUUGCCCGGCAACAGCUUGGAGAAGCUGCAGCUACAGGAUAAUCACAUUAAUCGGGUCCCACCUGGGGCUUUUGCCUUCCUUAGGCAGCUUUAUCGCCUGGACUUGUCUGGUAACAACCUGAGCAGCCUCCCCCAAGGUGUGUUUGAAGAUCUGGACAAUCUCACGCAGCUUCUGCUACGCAACAACCCCUGGCAAUGUACUUGCAGGAUGAAAUGGGUGCGUGACUGGCUGCGAUCGUUGCCGUCGAAGGUGAAUGUACGUGGUUUCAUGUGCCAGGGUCCCGAUAAGGUCAAGGGAAUGGCCAUUAAAGACCUUACUACAGACAUGUUUGACUGUAUAGACUCAGAACUCAUGCCCACAUAUGAGACAAGCACAGUAUCCCACACUUCACGCCCUUCGCAGCCCCAGUGGCCACUGUUUGUGACUAAAAGGCCUGUAGUUAAAGGACCAGACAUGGGUAAGAAUUACCACAGCACCACCACCUCUUCAGGCAGGAAGAUCAUCACCAUCAGCGUGAAAUCCAGCAGUGCAGAUACAAUACACAUAUCAUGGCGAGUGUCACAGCCCAUGACUGCCCUUCGGCUCAGCUGGCUAAAGCUGGGACACAGCCCUGCCUUUGGCUCCAUCACCGAGACCAUAGUGCAGGGGGAGAGGACAGAGUACCUGCUUACGGCACUGGAGCCAGAGUCUUCCUAUAGGAUAUGCAUGGUUCCCAUGGAGACCAGCAACAUUUACCUGUCAGAUGAGACGCCUGUUUGCAUAGAGACCGAGACCGGUUCUCACAAAUCCUACCACCCGACCACAACUUUGAACAGAGAACAGGAGAAAGAGCCUUACAAAAAUUCCAGUCUGCCUUUGGCUGCGAUCAUCGGAGGGGCCGUGGCUCUGUUGGCAAUAAUCAUGUUGGCGCUGGUGUGCUGGUACGUCCACAGGAAUGGUUCACUUUUUUCCAGGAACUGCAACUACAACAAAGGCCGUCGGAGAAAGGACGACUACGCCGAAGCCGGCACCAAGAAGGACAACUCCAUCCUGGAAAUACGAGAGACUUCUUUUCAAAUGAUUCCUAUAAAUCACCUGCCUGUGUCCAAGGAGGAGUUUGUGAUACACACGAUUUUCCCACCCAACGGCCUGAGUUUAUACAAAAGCCCACAUAGCGAGAACAGCAUUAACAACCGGAGCUACAGAGACAGUGGAAUACCAGACUCAGACCAUUCCCAUUCAUGAUAUUGCGCACAGACAUUGUUGAUGAGUGCGUGACUUCGACAGAGUGGCAAGACUUUUACAAAACACUGGAUCUAUAAGACUAAUGAAGCAAUGUUCUGUACAUUUGCCAUAUAAUUUAUAUUUAAGGACAUUUUAUGAAGACAGAACGUUCCAGUUGCAGAACCACCAGUGGGUAUUGUAACUAACUGCAAUUCUAUAUUUUAGGGAUUUGUAGUAAUUUGUACUGUAUUUUCUUUGCUUAAGGUUAUCGACCAACUAAAAGAAACUCUGUGUUCUACUGAGAUAUGAUGACUUGUCAACUGUGAAAGUGGGUUUUCAUUGCUGUCUUGAACAAUCAGACUUUAGAAAACCAUGUAGUAUAAGCACAGGUCAAUCUUUUAAACUUUGUGGCUGUCUGAAAAACAAAAAAGCAAAAAAAUCACGUGACAUACACUAAGGCACAGCUGAUCAACUAACUCGCAAAGCAGGCAUGUUGCCCUCUUGAAGAAUGAGUGGUGGGUGAUGGCGGACAAGGAGUCGCGUUCUAGUUUCUAGUAUCAACCAGGUACAGGAUGGGAGGGGGUAGUGGGGGGGGGUGAAGAUGAGGUGCCAUGCUUCAUUUCUCUGCUUUGUUUAGUGUGUGAUUGUUUUUCUGUUCGCAAGAAAGAAACUCAGCAAAGCAACCCAAGCAGGGUUCCAGUGUUUCUCAGCACAGGGCAGAUAAAGCACACAGACCUUAAGGAGCUCCCGGCUCCUCAGACCAGUAGACUGGGCAGGCUGACACAGAGGACCCCCCACACUAGCUCUAUUUAUACAAGCCAACAAAGGCCAAACGACAAUGGCGGCAUUCUUUAGUACCAUGUACCAUACGUCAUUCUAGUCACCAGGCCAAAAAGACAAAAACAUGUUGGCUUUCAUUAGAAUUACCACAGUGUCAGCAACUCCUUGUUAUGAGUAUUAUUUUGUAUUACUUUUCAAAUGGACACGCUUUUACGUUACCACGGUUUAGAGUUAAUUGUUCUUUACAAUUUGAAACCAAAGUGCAUUGUAUGCCCUUUGGCCAGUCUUGUAUGUGCCUUGAUCCAAUGCUUAUUGUAUUUAGCUUUUUAAGAAACCAGUGACUUUUUUUCAUACACACUUGAUUAUGAAAAAUAUUGGUCAUAUUACAGAAUAAAAGUGGACAAAAUCA